CUGGGGCGGUACAACGUCAAGGGGUAAAUGUGUAAGGCGCUCUUUCCUCCAAAUGUGGCUUGUGCAGUAGGGAGAGGUCCCCUAUCUUCUACCCAACCGUGAAAUUCAGUCGCCCGCUGGAACAGCUCCGGGGAAGUCCCGGUGGGUGAGGCAACGUGGUGCCUUGUCCCGUUUCUCGUAGCCGGUCGGGAGGGGGAGAAGCAACCCCAACGAGCAGUGGGCAGAAAUGCCAAACUUCAGUUUGAGCGGGGUCCGGAGCCAAAGGAGUUAAAAUAAACGACUCCCCCACUUCCCUCCUCCCUAAAACGUCGGUCCCGCUAGCCAUGAGCAGCCGCGAUCACCUGUUCAAAGUGCUGGUGGUGGGGGAUGCCGCAGUGGGCAAGACGUCCCUGGUGCAGCGGUAUUCCCAGGACAGCUUCAGCAAACACUACAAGUCCACGGUGGGAGUGGAUUUCGCUCUGAAGGUGCUCCAGUGGUCUGACUCAGAGGUGGUGCGCCUCCAGCUGUGGGAUAUUGCAGGCCAGGAGCGCUUCACCUCUAUGACCAGACUUUACUAUCGGGAUGCCUCUGCCUGUGUUAUCAUGUUUGAUGUUACCAACGCCACUACCUUCAGCAACAGCCAGAGAUGGAAACAGGACCUGGACAGCAAGCUCACACUGCCUAAUGGAGGGCCAGUGCCCUGCCUGCUCUUAGCCAAUAAGUGUGAUCUAUCCCCUUGGGCGGUGAGCCGAGACCAGGUUGACCGGUUCAGUAAAGAGAACGGCUUCACAGGUUGGACAGAAACAUCAGUCAAGGAGAACAAAAAUAUUAACGAGGCGAUGAGAGUCCUCAUUGAAAAGAUGAUGAGCAAUUCCAAAGAAGAAAUGUCUUUGUCCACCCAAGGGAACUACAUUAACCUGCACACCAAGCCCACCUCCAGCUGGACCUGCUGCUAAUAGCAUUUGGCUUGUGUUUGCUCACAGUCCUAGGAGGUCUUUCUCUGCCUUUUGGUUACCCACCCAGCAAUUUUACUAAGUACAUUUGAACUGUCUCUUGCCAACUAUCUGGUAAGGAGGGCCAUCGUCCCUAAGAAAAAACACCUUGGACCCUUGUGUGUUUCUGCUUCUGCAAGUUGCCUCUUGCUUGCAGCUGGCUUCCAGGGCUCAGUCGGUGCCCUCUGUAGAAGAAAAACUGUCUCAUCCCUCAAUUUGUGAGCUGGGAUUUUGUAGGAAGGAUUAGAAAUCAGCAUCUAUAUUUUAAGGAUCAUCAUUCUCACGUGCUUUUGAGUGGAUUUUUUUCCGUUCAAUGUAUAUUGAUAUCUCCAUCUGAUAGGACUUCAGGUUGCAAGGAAAAUGAGAUCAAAGGUCAUUUCCCCAAUUCCUUGUAGGUCAUUGGUUUCAGGUUCUUUUUGUCAGACUCUGAGCUGCAGAAGUGCGUUUGGGGCUACUGAAGGUAAACCAAAAGUCACUGUAUUUUUUUAAGCUGAAGACACAAUUAGCUUUCUCUUGUCAUGGUUUUAAGACUAGUCAAGCUUAGAGUUCCUGCCAUGGCACAGUGGGUUAAUGAUCCGGCUUCGUCUCUGGCAGCUUGGGUUCGAUUCUUAGCCUGAUGCAGUGGCUUAAGGAUCCAACAUUGCUGCAGCUGUGGCGAAGGUCACAGUGGCAGCUCGGAUUUGAUCCUCGCCAGGGAACUUCAAUAUGCCACAGGUGUGGCUGAAAAAUAAACAAACAAAAAGUCAAGCUUUUAAACUAUCUGUCUUACGUGGUGAGAGGGCCUCUUUCUCCAAAGAAAUGAAUUAUCACAUUAAGAUUUUCUGCUGUGUCUCUCCCAGUGGAAUGGGGGCAGGGUUUGCAGGUUUCUGGGUUGGUGUCUUGCCACAUAACGCCACCAGGGCCAUCCGUUGGCUGUGGUGCCCUGGUCUAUACCUUUCAGCUCUGAGAGUCUGAAUGGAAGAAGAGGGAGAGGUUAACAGAUCAAAAUCCUGUGGGGCAACUUCCAUGAGCGCUAUCGGUGGCUCGCACUUAACAGCCAUAGGAAAUAAAUAUCAUGUAUAGACGUUUGCCUGGGGGUGGAGAGUAUACAGACAGAAAAUCAUUAGGUAAUUUAAGUGCUAAAUUGGAUAGAGUUUUUAAGUAUCAAAUCACUUCUAGACGGUUUAAUUUGUUAAAUUCUCACAGGCUGGUGAUUUAUAACCUACUCAAAGUUAUGAAUAUUCUUAGUGAACUCAGAGGCUUAGAGCUCUUUGUGAGACACUUAUCAAAAUAAGUGUUCUAAGUCAAUGCUUCCGUCAAAUCUGACGGAUCAGAACCACCUGGGAAAUGUGUUUAAAAUUUUAAAAAUAAAAUGUUGUAAGAUUUUUGAUUCCCAGCCCAGCCUCCAAUCUUUUUUUUUUUUUUUUUUUUUUUGGUCUUUUUAUGGCCGCACCCGUGGCAUAUGGAGGUUCCCAGGCUCGGGGUCUAAUCAGAGCUGUAGCCACCAGCCUACGCCAGAGCCACGGCAAUGCCAGAUCAGAGCCGCAUCUGCAACGUACACCACAGCUCAUGGGAAUGCUGGAUCCUUAACCCACUGAGCGAGGCCAGGGAUCGAACCUGCAACCUCAUGGUUCCUAGUCAGAUUCGUUUCCACUGAGCCAUGACGGGAACUCCCGCCUCCAGUCUAUUGAAUCAAAAUGUCCAGGCGUGAAGCCUGGGAAUUUGUUGUGGUUCUUUUGUUUUUCACGUCUUCCCAGGUGAUUCUGAUCAGCCCAACGUGGAAACCCUUGCUGGAGAACAUGAUAAAGAUACAGAGACCCAGGCCUUCCCUUCAGAAGUGACUCUGGGCUUUUGUGGGCUCCGUUAGCUCUCCAGGUGAUCCUGACACGCACCAGCCUUUGACAAGCACUGUCCUAAGAGAGAGCAGAGGCCAAAUAGCAGAGCCUUCAGUGGUUUGCUUUUAAUGCGAAUUAUUAAACAUUUUGCACAAUCCUUGGAGACCUCCAAGUUCUCUUUCGUAUUAACCCUUUUCAGGUAGGGUUUUUAUUACAGUGAUUCUGAAAAUAAUAGUGGACUAACAAGUUCUCUGUGAGAAGAAAAUUGAUUUUUUUAAUCACUGGUUUGAACCCCUGCAAAAUCACAAAUAAAUGGAAAAUAAGGAUUACAUUCAUAGUAGUUAUUGGCCUUGAAUUGAAUUUGUCAAAGUGUUAUUUUAUACCAAUGGGGUGUUGUGGUAAUGAUACAUUUUUCAAAUACAUUCUUUAAAAAUUGA